CUCAAGAUGUGUUAUGUCACUCGGAGUAUGGCCUUGGCUGACCCUGAGAACAGGCAGCUUGAAAUUCACUCUCCAGAUGCUAAGCACACAGUGAUUCUAAGGAGCAAGGACUCAGCCACUGCCCAGGCCUGGUUCAGUGCCAUCCAUUCCAAUGUUAGUGACCUGCUGACCCAAGUGAUUGCUGAGGUCAGAGAGCAGCUGGGGAAAACAGGCAUUGCUGGGAGCCGAGAGAUCAGGCAUCUGGGCUGGCUUGCAGAUAAGGUGCCCGGGGAGAGUGAGAAACAGUGGAAGCCGGCCCUGGUCGUACUGACCGAGAAGGACCUUUUAAUCUAUGACAGCAUGCCACGGAGGAAGGAAGCCUGGUUCAGCCCAGUUCACACGUACCCUCUUCUUGCCACCAGGCUGGUCCAUUCAGGUCCGGCCAAAGGAUCGCCCCAGGCUGGUGUGGAUCUGUCCUUUGCUACUCGAACAGGCACCAGGCAGGGGAUCGAGACACAUGUCUUCAGGGCCGAGACCGGCAGGGACCUCUCCCAUUGGACGCGGAGCAUCGUACAGGGAUGUCACAACUCGGCAGAACUCGUCACCGAGGUCACCACAGCCUGCACCUACAAAAACCAGGCGUGCUGCCUGACCAUACAUUACGAGAAUGGAUUUUCUAUUACCACGGAACCACAGGAGGGUGCCUUUCCCAAGACCAUCUUACAGUCUCCCUAUGAGAAGCUGAAAAUGUCUUCAGAUGAUGGAAUCAGGAUGCUUUAUUUGGAUUUUGGAGGCAAAGAUGGAGAGAUCCAACUGGACCUUCACUCCUGCCCCAAGCCGAUCGUGUUCAUCAUUCACUCCUUCCUGUCAGCGAAGAUCACAAGACUGGGCUUGGUGGCCUGAGCAGGGGGAUGGCUUGCCUUGGACAGGAGGGCUGCUGUGGGACGUCAGAUCAGCUGCUCGGCGAGCGGGGAGAGGUAGCAUAGCAGGUCUGCCGCGGUCAGCUUUAGAUCCCCGAGUCCUCAGCUGCCCCAGACUUCUCCAUCAGCUUCACCAACUACAAGGGGGUGCCCCAAGAAAACACCGCAAGGAAUAUCAGGAGAAAAAUGGCUUUUUAGAACGGUAGAAGGGUAAAGAGGUGAGGGCGAAUGGGAAUACAUAAGCAUAGCUUUGAAAUCACGACAAUCAAGUACAUGAACAUUAGAACAGCGUGUGCAGAUCUUAAUCAUACCAGUGUCUAGGCAACUGGUUCACCCAGGUAAGCAAGGGCUGACCAGAUGAGAAAUGGACACGUUGACCUCCCCCACCCCCGAUAACAAUGAUCCCUUGUUUUAGUGUGAUUGAUUGCCUACUUCUAAUUGAGUUGACUUUUGCUGGUAAGGAAAGAGAAGUGCUUCAAAUUGGAAACCCACCUUUUACUUAAGUAUGAAGCAGCUGUAAUUUUUUUCUUAAUGAAUUAUCUUUCAGUGAUGUACAAUGAGUCUGAAGUAUUCUCAUUAGCAUAUGCCGAGCAGGAAUUAAAUAAAGCGUCAGAUACUGAUCUGAGCUCUGAGCUGGUGGAAUCUGAGCCAAAGUAGACUGUUUAUAGUGCAGAGCUUUGCAGAAGAGUCGUGUGCUUGAAAGAUGAUUAAUCUGGAGACUGUACUCACACCAAGGUGUGUUAUCUUAGAGCCAAGACGGAUAGCUUUACUUAUAGAAAGCAAAUUAUGGAUAUUUUUUUAAAAGAUUGUCAUUUGAGAUAUAUAUAAACAUACGUAUAUCUCCUAUAUAUAUAACAUACAUACAUAUAUAUAAAACAGCUCACAUGAGAUUAACUAAUUAUCCCCAUUUCGUGGUUUUCAGUGGAAAUACUGAGCAAUUUAUUGACCCUUGUGCCUGCCUGUGCUCGUAUGCAUGCAUUUUCGAACCAAUCAUAGAGCAGCGCAUAUAAUUCUGGACGAUGAUGGGCUUUACGCAUACACCCAGAGUGGUAAUCAAAUCUGUUGACAGCAUCCGCAGCUCUUAGGAAUUCCAGGGAAAUAAUAUAAUGACCUGAUAUUUUUCUACAAGAAUAUUUUCAGACAACAUAGAGCAUAUUUCUGAUUUAAUGCCUUUAUUUUUACCUUUCAAUACAAAUUCAGUAGAAAGACACCAGUAUCAUUUGAUUUUGGAGUCCCUUUCCUCAAACCUUAAAAAUUAGCUCUAGAGGUUCCGUAAGCAUUUGUAACCCUUCUUCCCCCUGUAAUGUACAUAAAGAAAUGUUCUGGAUUGGACCUAUGCGUUUUUGCAGAACUUUUAGCAAAUACCUGUGCAAAGAGCUUUUAAAAGUGAAACGGUCUUGGGGCGCCUGGGUGGCGCA